GACGCAAGACGUAGCGGAAGUCCCUGCAGCCGCGGUGUUGUGCAGUGGAGAAGGGACGGAUUUGUAAACCUCAGAGUGCGGUUCUGCCUGCCGGAGGCCGCUGUGGUGCGGAGACCCCCGGGUGAAUCCACCGUCACCAUGUCUGACCAGGAGGCAAAACCUUCAACUGAGGACUUAGGUGAUAAGAAGGAAGGAGAAUACAUUAAACUCAAAGUUAUUGGACAGGAUAGCAGUGAGAUACAUUUCAAAGUGAAAAUGACAACACAUCUCAAGAAACUCAAAGAAUCAUACUGUCAAAGACAGGGAGUUCCAAUGAAUUCACUCAGGUUUCUCUUUGAAGGUCAGAGAAUUGCUGAUAAUCAUACUCCGAAAGAACUGGGAAUGGAGGAAGAAGAUGUGAUUGAAGUUUAUCAGGAACAAACGGGGGGUCACUUGACGGUUUAGAUAAUUCUUUUUAUUUUUUAUUUUUUUCCUUUUCCCUCAAUCCUUUUUUAUUUUUAAAAAUAGUUCUUUUGUAAUGUGGUGUUCAAAAUGAAAAUUGAAUACUGGCACUCCAUCUCUUAGAACAUCUGGUAAUCUGAAUUCUAGUGUUCAAUAUUCAUUAUUGGUUGUUUUUGUUGUGCUGAUUUUUGGUGAUCAGACCUCAGCUCCCUUAAUAUUGCCCUUCUUUCUUUAAGAAAUUUCAUGUGUGUGCAAGAGAGGCCACCCUUUCCAGGACUGUGCAUUUUCAGGUUUGUGAUGAUAAAAAGAUCGACCAAUGGGAGUUUUCCUAUGACCUUUUGAUUGGCCCUGAAGUUCCAGCAUGUGGUUGCUUCACUCCUGGACUGCGAUUUUCAGUGGGAGAUGGAAAUUUUUCAGAGAACUGAACUGUGGAAAAUGACCUUUCCUUAUAAAAUCUAAGGGUCUGGACCAAAAGAAGAACAUCAUGUAGUCAAGAUGACAGAGUGAGAGUAACAGCUAACUCCAAAGGUGGCUUCACUGGAGAGAAAGAAAGUAUCUUGAGCAAGACGGUAUUGUCAGAAGAUCCCAGGAACAUUCUAAUUUUCAUCAGCAGUUAAUAAAGUUACUCAUACAGAAGUGUACGCAACAGACACUGCUCCUUUUGAUUCUGUUUGUACUUUUUGGCCUGGGACAUGGGUUUUCAAGGGACAUCGUCUGUACCAGCUUCAUUAAAAUAAACAAUAUUUGUAAAAAUC